CAGCCCGCGGCCGGCUGCCGCCGCCAGGUUGUGCCUGAGACUGUCAGAUAAAGCGGCGGGCCGGCGGGCGGGGCGGCGGUGAUCACGGUCCGGGCCGGACAUGGCGGCGCUCUACGCCUGCACCAAGUGCCACCAGCGCUUCCCCUUCGAGGCGCUGUCUCAGGGGCAGCAGCUGUGCAAGGAAUGCCGGAUUGCGCACCCUGUUGUGAAGUGCACCUACUGCAGGACUGAGUACCAGCAGGAGAGUAAAACCAAUACAAUAUGCAAGAAGUGUGCUCAGAACGUGCAGCUGUAUGGAACGCCUAAGCCUUGUCAGUAUUGCAACAUAAUUGCAGCGUUUAUUGGCAAUAAAUGCCAGCGCUGCACGAAUUCAGAGAAGAAGUAUGGACCCCCAUAUUCUUGUGAACAGUGCAAGCAGCAGUGUGCGUUUGACAGGAAAGAUGAUCGAAAGAAGGUAGAUGGGAAGCUGCUGUGCUGGCUGUGCACGCUGUCCUACAAGCGUGUCCUUCAGAAGACCAAAGAACAGAGGAAACACCUGAGCAGCUCUUCUCGAGCCGGCCAUCAGGAGAAGGAACAGUACAGCCGCUUGAGUGGUGGCAGCCAUUACAACAGCCAGAAAACACUUUCUACAUCUUCAAUUCAAAAUGAAAUCCCAAAGAAAAAAUCCAAGUUUGAGUCAAUCACAGCUAACGGAGACAGCUUUUCCCCAGACCUGGCUCUGGAUUCUCCCGGCACUGACCACUUUGUCAUCAUUGCCCAACUGAAGGAAGAGGUGGCCACUCUGAAGAAGAUGCUGCACCAGAAGGAUCAGAUGAUCUUAGAGAAAGAGAAGAAGAUUACAGAGCUGAAGGCUGAUUUUCAGUAUCAGGAGUCUCAGACUCGGGCCAAAAUGAACCAAAUGGAGAAAACCCACAAAGAAGUCACAGAACAAUUGCAGGCCAAAAACCGAGAGCUUCUGAAACAGGCAGCUGCUUUGUCCAAGAGCAAGAAGUCUGAGAAGUCAGGCACCAUGACGUCUCCAUGAAGACCAUGAGAAGGCUCCCACAAGAACAGCCGCUGCUCCUGGGUCAGGGUUGCCACCCGGCUGUUCUCUGGGAACUGCUUUCUUACAGAAUCUCUAUUUUCUUACCGUUACCCUUCUUUGUGCGAAUGUAGCGGGUUGAGUGGAAACACCUGGUUUGUGCUGUGUUACGACUGCAUGCUCAGCAGUUGGGGUUUCAGACCUCCUCUUCCUCUUCCUCCUCUGCUCCCGUGCUCCUCCCUCUCUGUUUCUAUAGUGGUCACUGCUCGGUGUUAUGUGCGGAGUUUCUGUCUACCGUUACACCUGCCAUCCCCACGAGCAAGUAGUCUGUUGUCCACUGUGCAUCACUGCCACCCUCCGAGCCUUGAAAACUGCCACCUUGAGACUUCGUGCAGGGAGAGCUUUCUCUCGCCAAUAAACCUUUGCUUCAGGGUAUACUCUUGGGUUUUUCCAGGUAUAUUAUGUAUGACCUUUGUACUAUGUAUAGACAGAGUUUUAUUUAUUUUUUAAAAAGGAAACCUUUUCUUGAUAAAGGAAUGAUGGUAGCCUAGCUAGUUCUUGUAAAAGCAAUGCCUCUUUGAAAAAAAAGAAAAAUAAUGCAGUCUUGUUUGCUAGUUUUUAGUAAAAGAAUCCGAUCUUUUCUUUCUUGUUACCUUAGAGUUCCAAUGCUAAGGUAAUGCUGGAGGCUAAGUGUGGAGCUAAGUGCCUUCGGGGGACUCUGUGGAAGAGCAUUUGAGGAGAUGCUUAAGGGUGCAGAGAACUGACCAGUCUGUCUAAGUAAGGGCAGAAGGAACGGCUGUCCAGGUUAUACUGGGCACUCCUCCUCUAUCUACCCCUCCUUCUCCUUUUCAUAAUUUUAAAUUCCCACACUGCCACUUCUUUUUUAAAAACAUACCUGUUUCGUGCUUGUGUCAGCUGUCAUACCAGGCUGUUAACAGAACAUUUUUUUUAUUUACCAUUCACAGAUUCAAGUGGAAUAAGAUUUGAACUUGAGUGUUUCCGGGGUCAACAGGGCUGCUUAGACGUGGGCUGUGUGAUGGGGAGAAUCUCACUGCACCUCCCUUCCUCUUGCCCCAUCCUUUGCGCCCCCCCCCCCCCAUUCUUAAUGACGAUGUUAGAAAACAAGUACUCCAGGGAGCAGCUGGGCCUCCCUGGGUGCCCUUCUCCCGUCUUCACACGGCAGGCAGGCAGGAAGGGAGAGGUUCGUGUGGAGCCUCACUCUUCGACUUUUGUGAAAGAAAUAGAGACGGGUAGUGUGUGCUGUGACCCAGAACCAGCCCUGGGAUCAGUGCAGGUGGUGCUGGAGUCAGGACGCAUCAUGAAGACAGGUGACACUUGCCCCACAUCCCCCAGCGUGGGGCAGUGGAGUUCGUUGUCCCCGCAGGUGCUCUGUAGUUUGGGAUUGCAUUCUCACAGAUGGGCAGCUGGAGACAUGAGGGACAUGAGGGAUCUCUCCUCCGGGAGGAGACUCGAAGGAGUGUUGUUAUCAUGUCACCAGGUAGGGAGUGCGGGAGAACUGCUGAGCGAGUCACUUUGUACCUUUCUGAAGGAGAAUCUUGUAAGCAAAGAUAACUACUGUCUGUCCUACAGUGUUUUCAGAUGCCUUUGUGCUGGCUGGGGAAAGAUGGUAGAAAAGAACGACAGUCGUGGUUUCUUAAACAAAAUAUCAGACUGAGAGAUGUGGCUGUGAAGUGUGACAGUAUACAGACGCUCAUUUAGUUUUAUACUAAAUCUUUUUUUAAGGUCUUGGCAUUUAGUAUUCAGCAAACCUACACAUUUUCUAAACUAUCAUGAGCUCCUGAAAGGUAAAAGGGAAACCUCAGUCUUGAAAUGUUGAUUUUUUUUUUAAAUCAUGACAGCAUUUUACCAUGAAAUUGAGUAACUUUUGGUAACACCUUCCGUUUCUUUGUAUGUUUGUAAUAAUGGACAUUUUAAAACAUAGGAAUGUUUUGGUUUGUACAGACUUUGGCAAAUGUGUGUUAAUAAAAUUCAUAUUGACUCAGAUAAA